GCUGUGUGUAAUCAUUUCCAUGGAACAGAAAAAAGCACUCAAAUUUCUUCACUUUCUCACACUAUCUACUCAUGUUCUUCUCUCUCUUGAACUUUGCUGUUCCAGUCCCCAAAUAAUUACACCCCUCUAAUCUUCUCCAUUUCAACAAAAACAAUUUAAAAUGUUAGAUCCACUUAAUGACAUUCUUCCUCUACAAUCUUCUCCGACCAACUCCUCCGCUUCCUCCUCCGAUCUUGAUUCUCAGUCUACAGGUUCUUUUUUCCAUGACAGAAGCACAACACUUGGCACUCUAAUGGGAGUAACAUUCCCCGCCAUUACAUUUAGAGCUCCUUCUCAGUCACGUGACCCCAACGUGCCUCUAUCAUCCGCCACCGCCGCCGCAACUAUCACCGGCAGGCCGAGCAGGAACAAGACUAGAAAGAACAAAAGAAGCCCGUUAGAGUUACAGCGUCGGCGUAGAUGGUGGAGGCUUUGCAGCGAUGGGGAAGCAAAACCCGCCUCUCUUGGUGAGUUCCUUGAAGUUGAAAGGAAAUUCGGCGGCGGAGGUUUCUUCUGCCAUGCGGCGGCUGAGCUUGAAGGUGUGACGGUGGCGGAGGAGGAAGAACGGAGGGAGGGAGUGAAUGGACGGAUGUUAUUUGCUGACGGAAGGGUUUUGCCUCCGGUGGGGUCUGGUGAUGAUGGAUCAACGGCUGGGAUUCUUUGUAGAUUUCCUGCUUCACUCACUCGGAUCUGUACUGGUGGUGUAGGAUGAUAGAAAUUAACUUUUUGUUAUCAUUCUUUCAUUUUUCUUUUAUGGGAAUUAAAUUGAAUGUAAUUCUAAAUUAAUACCCAUUUUUUUUAUUUUAUUUCAAGAGUUAUUAUUUUUUAAA